ACUGGACCACCAGUGAUUACGAACGACGUACCGCUUUAACAGCGUCAACCAUCGUUCGCUGACGUCCAGGGCCUGAUUGUUCUAAACAAGUUUUAUCACUUACGCUGGUGUUAACUUAUUGGCGUUAAGUCUAAGAGGUGAACUGAAGGAGAUAACGCUAAGUUAAAUCAACGCCAGCGUUAGUGACAAAAGUUCUUUUGAACUGCCGGCCCAUGGGCCUUACCGUAUAUCAUGUAUGACAGGGGCAUUUCACCAUUAGAUUCUCAACUGUGACGCCUUUCAUCAAUAACAAUGUUGUGUUAAAAAGACGUUGGUGAUUCAGUUUAUAUCUGUUCUGUGACCAGUUUUGCGCAGUACAGUUAAAGGAAAAGAACGACUGUUCCGACUUGAAGCUAUGGCCGGAUAUUUCACACGAAACACACUGAUUUUGGUCGCCAUUCUGGUGGCUGGGUUGCCAAGUGUGGCGCCGUACGACUACAACACUUGUAGUGGUGGAUUUUUCCCCGAGACCUGCCGUGUCCGACUUUCAUCUCACUGCUGCAAGUCCGGCUUUUUCCUGAGCGCCACCUGUUGUCGCAAUUCCUGCAGCUACCCUGGCUUCUUUUGGUCGACUACUACGAGCUGCGUUUUUAUAACCAACUCAAUGUGCUGCAGUACGUCAUCCGGAUCUGAAUCCUGUUGCAACGCGGCGAGCUAUUCGAGGACAUCGUCUAGCAGUGUAAAUAGAUACUUCACGAGGAGAACCUCCACCUUCGCGACGUGCUAUGGAGGUAUAUACAGCACCGAUUACUGCACUAACAGUCUUUCAACCGCGUGUUGUUUCAGUGGGUAUGGUGUUAGCGCCUCCUGCUGCAGACCUUCAACUUGCCUUGGGAGAAAUUGGCGUGGCAUCCUAUCCACCUGCUCCGGUAGUUCAACCUAUUGCUGCUCCUCGUCUCAAUCAUGCUGUGAUUCGUCUGGUUACGACUACGAGCAAAGACAGAAGAGUUAUGAAGCAGGGGCCGUCGCCGGUGGAGUGAUUGGUGGCAUUAUCUUGCUCGCCAUCAUCAUCGUAGUACCGGUCUCCGUGGUGUGCUGUUGCAGGGCGAACGGGGCACGUGGGGCAAUCCACGCUGACCAAAACGCCAACGCCACUGUCGUUGCUGUUACUUCGACCAGCAAUCAGAUCCAACCUAACCAACCUUACCAAGCGAACCAACCACCACCAUCUGCGAACUACCAGCCACCACCUUACGGAUACAACCAACCACCGGCUUCUUAUCACCAGUAGUUGGCCCAAGCAACUUCGGCACGGCAACCGGGACCAUCGCAGGAAUAAGACACCGACCAUCUAGGCUACUGCAACAAAUGCGUCAGCAGACCCCUUUACCGCCCCAUGAAGUUUAACUAGCAGUUGAAGAGAACAUCAUCAUAUCUUACACCACCUGGACCGCUCUCUGAUAAAUCCGUAGACGUAGUUUCCGCCUCAGUCACGAAUUCUUCGUGCAUGUAAUCGGUUCGAUUACAAUGAAUUCGUAAUAAUCUAGGGAGAGUUUAGGUGCUCAAAUUUAGUUUCCCGAAGUUGCCAAUAGGGGCCCCCAUCUCACUUUAUCAAAACUGUCAACGCUUGUACAGCACCUUGUAUAGCCCCCCCCCCCUUGAUUUUCGAUGGGACCAAUUUCUGUUUCGGUCCGACCCCGUAGGCUAUUUCGAUACAUUUGGUGCCUUAUUCGACGAAAAGAAAACGAAGUCUGGAUUAACGAGACCAGCGAUGUUGUUGGUAAUUUACUCCAACCUCUACAUCCGGGGUCUACUUGAUUAGCAAUUCAAAAUGGCUGCACCAUAGACCCUUGACACACCCCUAUGUCACAUGCCGCGUCACCGCCAGAAUCUAGGGGUGACUAUGACAAAAACAUUUUUGCGGCCCACCAAAUAAGUUUUAAAGGGCCAACUUGGGCAUAAGAUAUGUUGUUUUUUUGUACAAAAACGGCUUCCAGCAGGACCGCAACUUCUCCAAACAACUGAAUGAAAACUCUUUGAAUUGCAAUAUACAAUGCACUAGAACGGGUUGUAACCUUAGGUCUGCCUGAAAUUCGCAAGCCAUGCCCAAAACUGCCUUCCAACACUGGUGAAAAUCGUUAUCAGAAAACGGCAUCAGUGUAAUACUACAAGUGUCGGCGCAUGGUGUCAAGUCGGCACAUUAUUCUCCUGGCCAGGUAAAUCACACGCCCAAGUUGUCCCUUUAAAUUGAGAACACGUCAUGGUAGACAUUAAGGAAGAGACUUGACACUGGAUAUAGAGGUUGUAUUUACCCUAACCUGUACAAACUCCCAGUAGGGCCGCCUUUUAGGCUACUAUUGAGAUGCCAAGGCGACGAUUCGGGUCCUUGUCAGGCCAACAAGGUCUCAGAAAGUUUAUAUCAUAAAUCAUAACUGGUGUAGAUGUUUAGAUCAGCAACAGUCAUAUAGAUGGCUGAGAAGUGUUCAAGUACUGUAAAUUUUGUGUUCAAAAUUUAUAUGUAAUGUAUAAAAUAUAUGUAAAUGUAGAUGUUAGAAAAUUUCCGUUCAUACAUGCCAUGUAGGUCAACUACAAUUCUCAUUCUACCAAAGUCAAGGUCAGGGAGGCGGUUGUUCAGCACAUGACGCCACGAGAGCCUGCUGACUGGGGCCAAAAAGAGGAAGCUAAGGUGGUUUGGCCGCGUGGUGUACCGCUUUAACAGCGUCAACCAUCGUUCGCUGACGUCCAGGGCCUGAUUGUUCUAAACAAAUUUUUUAACUGCCGGCCCUGCAUGGUUUAACGCCAUCGAAGCAAAGUCAAGUGGUCACCAUUUCAUUAAACGAAAAAAGCAGGCCAUUUUACAGAUUUUAUGAAAAUAGCAUUCCGCGAAGUUACUAUUUAUAGCUCACAAGGUCAUUUGCAUAAGAUAUUGAUGACGUUUAGUCACGUGACAGUCGGACAUCGACACUUAUUUCUACGCAUUUGAGCUUAUUUCAAAGUCAAUUAUCUUUGACCCUGCAUUGUUUUUAGCAUGAAUGAUACCAUAGAGUCAGAGAGAGAAAUGUUCAGAACAAGCCUAUCGGCGUCUGAUUCACAAUGUGGUUUGUGAGGAGUGUCAUAGUCGUCAACAGUGUAGCUUACGUAUUUCGAAGACCAGUGGAAUUGGCGGCGUCAAAUUAUUAGUGAAAUUUAUAAUUUACAAAUUACAAAUUACAAAUCGUUUAUUGAAACCGUGUAAAAAGUUACAUUUUACAUAAGAUGAAAGUACAAUGACCAUAAGCAUGAUGAACUAAAUAACUGGUGUGACAUUGUUGUGGAUUUGGUGGUGUGCAGCUGGAGGAGUGGACAAUGUCACAACCAGGGUUCCUACAUUAUAUACAGUGGAACCUCCGUUAGUAGACACCUCUCUAUUAAAGACAACCUUUCCAAUAAGGACACUAGUUUUGGUUCCAAAUUGGUUGUUUCCAUUCAAUUUUGACUUCUCUAAUCAGUCUUUGGGUGUUCCGAAUGCUUGACACAUUUCGAACAUGUUUUGGUUGGAAACAACCCUACAGUCUUACACUUAUGGCUGAAUGAAUGACAGUGCAUUUUCGUGAAAGCUCGGUGACGAAAUGCUGCGACACUAUUCGUCACCAACAUGUUUGAUGGGUGGUGCCAUCUGCACAAAGGACGAUGAAUUAAAUAACUGAUGUGACAUUGUCGCUGCAUUUGCAGGUGUCCACAUCGAGGAGUAGAUGAUGUCACUACAUGUACCAGGGUUUGUACUUUCAUAUACAGUGGACCUACUUUUUGUGGACACCUUUCUAUUGAGGACAACCUCUUUAAUAAGGACAGUAGUUUUUGGUUCCAAAUUGGUUGUUUCCAUUCAACUCGACUUCUCAGUUUAGGACACCUCUCUGUUAAAACAGCACUUUUCAGUCCCUGGGGCAUUUCUGGAAAUUUCAUGCUAUGGAGCAAUUGGUUCAGCUAAGUGACAAGAACAGUACUAUAAGACGGUUUUAAAAAGUUGAAAAUUAUUUAUUUAAAUGACAUAUGAAUGGUUCAGCAGUAAUUGGCAGUGUGCAUUAUGUAAUGAAAUAUGAUUUACAUAAUAUAACAUUUUUGUGACAAAUAGUACAGAUGAUGGAUAAAUCGAUACAGUGGAUAGCUGUUAGAAUAUGCAAUACAUGCAAUAGCAUUUGUUUUUAUUGAGAUUUUGCGAGAACCAAGUGGUAUUUUGACAAGAUAAUAGAAAGCCAAUAACACUACAAGAACAUGACUUCAAUACAUUGACAUCGUAGUACUUGGUAUACUAAAAAUAUUCAAAGAUGGGUAUCUUGAGUUAAAGUACAAGAUGUAUGAAUGAAGGAGGCACUCUGGUAAGAAAUGGUGUCGCUAAUGAAAGAUUAGAACAGUCCGUCUCAACCUGCCAAGCUCAGAGCGACAUGCGCCUGGUUUUGCUGUGACGGGUCACAUAUACAAAGUUUACAUAAAACAAGAUUUGUAUGUUUAUUUAGGAGGAGUACAAAAGUUGUAUAUAAAAUGCCGACUUCAUUAUGAUUUAUAGGACACAAAAUUUGACAUGACAGCAUUUUAUAAAAUAUGAAUAAUCUAUAAUGAGAAUAGUUUUGUAGCACCAAUGAUUUGAAAAUACUGAAUUUAUUUAUUGCAUGAAUAGAACACAAAAAACAGGAUGAUUACAUGAUUGUCACAUGCGUGAAAUAUAUUGUCAUGGAUGGGCAUUGGGAACAAAAAGAAUUGCGGUUAUCAGCUGCAUUGGUAGCGAUUGCUUUAGCUGAUUUUCAGAAACUGACAGGAAUGAGAAUGUUGAUAUAGUGUUGAAAAAAUAUUUUUAUAACAUACAUUGCAUUCAAAUAACACUAAGAAGUAGACGAGUACUAAUUUCGCACACUUGAAAAUAUUUGGACAUUGACUGUCACAGGUAGUGGUAGUAGAGUAAUUACAUGCCAUCAGCAGCACUAAUUCAGACAGUUUUCGCUGUGCUUCAGUAACUGACUGGAAUGACUAAGUUUGAUUGUGCUGAAAUGAUACAUAAUAACGUACAUUGCAUAAACAAAAUGAUUACAAGAUUUGUACUGUCUUGAAAUAUAUGGACAGGGACAGUCACUGGAAGUUUGACAUGCCAUCAGUUGCACUGCUCCCGACAGUUUUCACUGUGCUUCAGUAACUGACUGGAAUGACUAAGUUUGAUUGUUCUGUAUUUGCCUCCAUUUGGAUUUUGUGAACAAAAGUUACUAACCUUGUGUAAUUGAAGUGUCGAAUUCGCCUUGGUCGAAAUGAUAAUACAGUAAAUAAAUCUAUUGAAUGUUGCUGAAAAGAAAACACUUACUAUGUUAGAAGCCAUGUACACCCUUGUCGGAAAGUUUAUGGACACCAGUUUUUGCACAUUUUCUCAAAAACGGCUAAUCCUAUUGAACCCAAAUAUUCACCAAUGGUGGAGAAUCUUCCUGGCUAUCGAAUGACGUGAUAGUUGAUAUCAGGACCAAUUGCAUAACAAAGUUAUUACAUAAUUUUGAGAGGCAUCUAUUUUUCACUUUUUGGUUGAUUUUUUUAAAAUCGAAGUAUAAAUCUUGCAUCAUACAGAUAACAAUGCUAAGACUUUCUGUGAAGAAAGUAUUUGAAAAUAUCAUUUACUUUUCAUGAUAUAUCAAAAUAUCAAAAUUUUGAGAUUCUGAAAAUUUUGAGAUUUUUCUGAUUUUUCGAUAUAUCCUAGUAGUACCCAUGUCCCCUGAAUGAAUGGUGAUUUUUUUCUGAUUUUCAACUAAAGGAACAUCUUGAAAUUAUAAUAUGAAAAUUUUCAUACUACCAAGUAUCCACCUUUUCUCAGCAAUAUUAGUUGCUAGCUGUGCUAAAUUGGUGCCAAUCAUUAUUUGGGUAUGACUUCUCAAUGAUACAGUUGCAAAAAACCCAAAAAUAUCAAAUUAUCAAAAUAUCAAAAUUUUGAUAUUUCGAUAUAUCUCAAAACCGAAAUGAGAUUUAUCCAAAUUUUUUUCACAGAAAGUCUUAGCUAUGUGCAAUAUAUACUGUAGGUUAAUUUGGUUUUGAAAAAUUGAUUAACAAAAAAGUAAAAAAAAGAUCCCUCUCAAAAUUAUGUAAUAACUUUGUUAUGCAAUUGGUCCUGAUAUCAACUAUCACGUCAUUCGAUAGCCAAGAAGAUUCUCCACCAUUGGUGAAAAUUUGGGUUCAAUAGGAUUAGCCGUUUUUGAGAAAAUGUGCAAAAACUGGUGUCCAUAAACUUUCCGACAAGGGUGUACAUGAUAACACCACCACCACCAUUAUCAAUAUCAUCACAAGUCAACUGGGGAAUAUGUGUGAUAUUUGUUCAAAACUUGCGUAUAUGGUAUUUGCAGGUCUAUUGUAUUGUUACAUAUUUUUCACUUUCAAAAUUAACUUUUUUACUAGAAAUUAUGAAUCAAUACUAACCGUAAGAAGCGUAUGAAAUUACAGAAGGCCUUCGUCGAAAAAUGUAAUGUACUUGUACUCAUUCGUGUCAUUAAACCUGAAAGCAGCACAGCAUAACAGUGAAAUUACCGUGACAUCAAUGGAUGUCAAACUAACAUAGUGACGUAAAUUUGAAUUCGAAGUGCACAAAUUCACAAUUAAGGUUUCGAACACAUUGAGAACUGAAAAACUUCAUACAAAUGCUUUCACACCAAUGAUAUGAUUGUGGCGCUCCUGAUGAGGUAUCGCCCUCUGCUAAGCAGCUUUGGUCGUAACUAGGGUAAAUGUUUUUUUCAAGUGAUAUGAGCGAUGCAAUACCUUAGUUUCCACCAGCGCCACGUAGCAGUCAAUGAAGUUGUGCUGGUACUCCAUUAACGUCAUGCUUCAAAUUUGAAGAAAUUAAUAUUACCUUCAUCAAGUACGUAAUAAUAUUACACCAGGCCUUUGUCGAAAAUGUAGAUCUCGAAGUCUAACUGUAAUGAAAGAAAACAUCAAUGUGACAAUAUGGUUUACUAUGUAUGAGGGGGAGAACGGGUAUUUUCGGGACACUGGGAUGGGCCGAAAAUAACUGUCGGGAUUCGGGAUAGACACCCUUAUUUUAGCGGGAUUCGAGACAAGCCGUGUUUUGCGUCACGAUUCGGCUAAAAUUGCGUAUUGGGAAACGGGAUAAGCCUUUUUUCCUAACGGGACGUCGAGACAGUUACCCCCCCCUUCCCCGUUCCCACCCUCAUGACAUGUAGCAUUGUUUGUAGGCCUAUUGUUACUCACAAUCUAUUUUUUUGUAAUUGAUACUGGUAGUAUCAAUGUGAAAUAUGCCACACGUUGGGAGCAUGCAAGGCCUAGUACAAUACACCAUCAUCACAAUCAAAUAUUUCAAUAAUACACUGUCAACGAGAAUGAAUGUUCAACCAUCAAUCACGUGCAUUGUAGUAGUGUACAUCCCCCAUCCCAUGACGGCUUGCGCCCCGCUGACACGACGAGCAUAUGGCUGAGCCAAUCCAUCGCCUAUACACUACUUUACAAAAAUCGACACCUACUGAAACUUUCACUAAUUAUUCUCGGAAAUGUACUUUAUCGUUACAUCAAUAAAUGCACAUUCGAAUUUCAAAA